UGUCCUCCGCAUCCCUCCCCGGGCUCUGAGCCGUCCGCAGAGCGAGCAGGGUGCGUGUCCUCGUUGUCCCCACCAGAGCACAGCAGGCUGCGGCUGCUGUAAACCCCGGAGGGUCUGGGGUCUGUCUGAGGAUGAGAAGACAUCCUGCAGCAGGUCUGAGACCAGGACUGGACCCUCUGCACUGCGUGAUGCUCAUCAGAGUGGACGUGGAAGAAGAAGAGUUCCAUUCCUGCUGUGAGGAGGUGGAGGAGAUGGUGGUGCGUUCACCUGCUGUCCUCUCCUCACUAUGUUAAACAGACAUUCAUGUGGUUUUAGUGAAGCUUGGUGCACUGAACUGCGCUUCCACCUGGACUCUUGAGUGUUACCCACGAGUGGGCUACAGAUAUUUAACCUCUGGAGGAUUUCAACUUCACUGUCCUCGAUGGACUGACGGCUGCGGACACCCAGACACCGACCUGAGUCCACAUGAUGGCCAACAACAACGACUUACAGAGCGACCCAGGCGGGCUGUCUGUCCUCCAGCAGCUCGGUCUGGACCAGAACACCGAUUUCUCUGACUCCAGUGUGCAGCAGCGUCUGGAUGAGCACCGCGAGAGGAUCCGUAGGGAGAUCCGCAAGGAGCUGAAAAUCAAGGAGGGGGCAGAGAACCUGCGCAGAGCCACCACCGACAAGAGGAAUGCCCAGCAGGUAGACUCCCAGCUCCGCAGCUCCAAGCGCAAGCUGGAGUCGCUGCACGCCCAGCUGCAGGAGCUGGACGCCCACAUCGUGGUCAAGGGCCACGAUGAUAACAAAGAUACCCCAAAAUCUUCAGGGUCAGUCAACCGGACUUCAGCCAAUGAACAUCGCAUUGCAGCUUUGGAGCGGCAGCUAAAUAUUGAAUUGAAGGUCAAACAGGGAGCAGAAAACAUGAUUCCUAUCUAUGCCAAUGGAGCUACCAAGGACAAGAAGCUCCUCCAGACGGCUCAGCAGAUGUUGCAGGACAGCAAGACCAAGAUUGACAUCAUCCGCAUGCAGAUCCGAAAGGCCAUGCAGGCCACGGAGCAGUCCGAGGACAACCAAUGUAAACCGGACAUGUGUGGUGUGGAACUGCGAGUGGAGGAGCUGUGGCAUCACUACCGUGUGGAACACGCCAUGGCUGAAGGAGCCAAGAAUAUGCUGCGACUGCUGGGAGCUGGAAAGGUCCAGGACAAGAAGGCCAUGGCUGAGGCUCAGUGUGGUCUGAGCGAGUCAUCCCAGCGUCUGGAUCUGCUGCGCUGUUCACUGGAGCAGAGGCUGCUCGAGUUGCCUGAGGAUCACCCCAAAGCCUGCCUCAUUAAGGAGGAGCUGGUGCUGGCAUCCUCCUCUGCUUUCAGCUCCCGCCACAGCACCCCCUAUGUCCACAACCAGUACAGCACCCUCAGCAAACCCUCUCCACUCACAGGUACUCUUCAGGUGCGUCUUCUUGGUUGUGUGGGGCUGCUGGAGGUGGUCCCAGGCAGGAGCAGAGGGACCCCAGUGGUUCUUCCCUCCUACUCUAUGGGAGACGGGCGGUCCUCCUUCAAACUGAGUGGCCUUUACAGUCGUAGCACCAGCAGCAUGAGCCUUAAGAUGCCUGGCAAGAACGACGAGCUCUCCUCUGAGGUGAGCGCAGUGCUGAAGCUGGAGAACUCAGUUGUAGGUCAGACCGUUUGGAGAACAGUUGGAGAGCAGGCCUGGGAUCAGACCUUCACCGUGGAGCUAGAGAGAUCCAGGGAGAUGGAGAUCGCUGUGCACUGGAGAGAUUACCGUUCACUGUGUGCUCUCAAGUACCUGAAGCUGGAGGAGUUCCUGGACAACCAAAGACAUAGAGUCCAGCUGGAACUGGAACCACAGGGACUACUGCUGGCUGAGGUGACCUUCUUUAACCCGGUAAUAGAGCGAGGCCGCAGACUCCAAAGGCAGAAGAAAGUCUUUUCCAAACAGCACGGUAAAGCCUUCCUACGUGCUCGUCAGAUGAAUGUGGACAUUGCCACCUGGGUCCGCCUGCUGAGGAACGCUAUCCCCAGUGGAGGCAACACACCUGCCUACACACCCAGCUUUUCAAACAGCAGCCUCACACACAGCACAGGAGAGAUCUCUGUGGAGAAGCUGAAUCUGAAUGACAGCGACUCUCCUCCCAAAGCUGAGAUCAGGAGAGACGUGGUGGAUGCUCCGGCUCUGGAACAGAUGCCAGUGUAUGUACCCCCAUCCUCGCCGGAUGUCCCUGUUCGUGAGCAGCCAACAAGGUCGCUGUCCACCAACUCUUUACGCAGACCCAGCAGAGGCCCUCUCUCCCUGCAGGACUUCAAGCUGAUAGCAGUACUCGGAAGGGGACACUUUGGGAAGGUGCUGCUGUCAGAGUACAAAAGGACCAGCAGCCUUUACGCCAUCAAGGCCCUGAAGAAGGGAGACAUUGUUGCUCGGGAUGAAGUGGAAAGCCUGAUGUGUGAGAAGCGGAUCUUUGAGACCGUAAAUGGCUCCCACCACCCCUUCCUGGUCAACCUGUUUGCGUGUUUUCAGACUCCAGAACAUGUGUGUUUUGUCAUGGAGUACACAGCAGGAGGCGACCUCAUGAUGCAUAUACAUGCCGACGUCUUUUCUGAGCCACGUGCAGUGUUCUACUCAGCCUGUGUAGUGCUGGGUCUGCAGUUCCUUCAUGACCAUAAGAUUGUUUAUCGGGAUCUUAAAUUAGACAACCUGUUGCUUGACACAGAGGGUUUUGUGAAGAUAGCAGACUUUGGACUCUGUAAAGAAGGCAUGGGUUAUGGGGACAGGACCAGUACCUUCUGUGGGACCCCUGAGUUUCUGGCUCCAGAGGUACUAACAGACACAUCGUACACCAGAGCAGUCGAUUGGUGGGGCCUCGGGGUCCUCAUCUAUGAGAUGUUAGUCGGAGAGUCUCCAUUCCCUGGUGAUGACGAAGAGGAGGUUUUUGACAGCAUAGUGAAUGACGAAGUGCGCUACCCACGUUUCCUCUCCACAGAGGCCAUUGGCAUCAUGAGGCGGUUGUUAAGAAGAAAUCCUGAAAGACGUCUGGGUUCUGGGGAAAAGGACGCAGAAGAUGUCAAAAAACAACCCUUCUUUAGGGGUGUGGACUGGGAAGGCCUGCUUCAGAAGAAGGUCGCACCCCCGUUCGUGCCGACCAUUAAAGGAAAAGAAGAUGUCAGCAAUUUCGACUUGGAGUUCACAGCUGAAGCUCCAGCCCUCACUCCACCCCGAGAGCGCCGCACACUUUCUCGCAAAGAGCAGGACUACUUCAAGGAUUUUGACUACGUCUCAGACCUGUGCUAAGGCCUGGGUGUGGGAGACAGGGUUCAAACGGUUACUAGCUGCCCACUGCCAAGCCAUAGACUGUGAGAGGAGACAGAGAGGUGAAGUCUACCUCUCUGACCUGUAAAGAGAGAGGAACUUUAACGGAGGGGCCACACGUCCGGUUUGUUUCUCUCAGUAUGUCUGUAUAUAUUUGUGGACUGGCUGGGCCGACAUUGUGAGGGGAUCAGAGAAAUCCAAUUGCGUGUCGUGCACAUACACAGUGUCACAGAUAUGAUGACCUCUAUCUGGAGUGUCUUUUAGAGGAGGAGGAGGAAGUCGGGAUGGAUUGGACAUUAAUCCAGAUUAUGUAACGAAUGUCAGAUGACAUGUCGGACCCUGCUGUCCCACUGUUCUACCUAGCAACACAGUGAGGCAUGUUAGAGCCUAAAAAUCAGAGUCAAAGAGAAGAAACUGAUCAUUCUGACAGAAAAGCAGUGUCUUUUUUUUCUCUCUCUACUCUUGUCUCUUGUCCCUAUAUCUCUACUGUUUGUUGCUGCUAAGUGUGUGUUUCACUGUAUUCAGUGUCCCUGCCUCAGUCAUGAAUGUAGCCACAUCAUGCACCUCUUGUUCAUCAACACUUGGUGGAGCCAGAGGAAAGAAGAAAAGAGAAAUGCAGGAGAGUCUGGUGCUGUUUGUCUGCGCUCAACCAUCUCCAUCACCUUCUUUCACCAUUGUCUUUUGGUACAACACAGAUUUUUAACUACAGUCAUUUUUCAAUAAGCAAAAGCUUUUACAAAUUUUGUUCCUUUUAUGAUUCAUAUAUAUUUUUAUCCCACCUGUUGUUUUCACCUCUGUCUCUGCUGGCGAAAUGUGUUCCAACUGUGACUCAGUAAAAAUCUAAACCCACA